UUCAUCGUUGACCCCGUUUGACCCCGAAUCCCAACAACAUGGAGACCUUGACGAAGAUGUCGAGGUGUCUUCAACGACAAACCGCGAUUUCUCGACAAUGUCGGUGGUUUUUACAGCGGUCAUCAUACAGUGUGGUGGCUGGGAGUGCUGGACACACUCUGAGCGUUCGGAAAAAGGUUGACGAUCUGAGAGAGAAGGCUUCGCAGGGAGGGGGCGUCAAGAGGAUCGAAAAACAACACGAGAAGGGAAAGCUGACAGCCAGAGAGAGGGUUCGGCUGCUGAUGGACCAGAACUCAUUCAUUGAGUAUGACAUGUUUCUGGAACACAACUGUACAGACUUUGGGAUGGAAAAAGAAAAGUACCCAGGGGACAGUGUGGUGACAGGGCGUGGUCAAAUUAAUGGAAGAACCUGCUUCGUCUUCAGUCAGGAUUUCACAGUUUUUGGGGGUAGUUUGUCCGGAGCUCAUGCCAAGAAAAUCUGUAAGGUGAUGGACCAGGCCAUGUUGGUCGGUGCUCCAGUCAUUGGCCUUAACGACUCGGGCGGGGCCAGGAUUCAGGAAGGCGUUGAGUCUCUCGCUGGAUAUGCUGAUAUCUUCCAAAGAAAUGUGAAUGCCUCGGGUGUGAUACCACAGAUAUCUCUCAUCAUGGGCCCCUGUGCUGGUGGUGCUGUGUACUCACCAGCGUUGACAGAUUUUACAUUCAUGGUUAAAGACACUUCCUACCUCUUCAUCACGGGGCCGGAUGUUGUUAAGUCUGUAACAGGAGAGGAAGUUACUCAGGAGGAGUUAGGUGGGGCUAAAACACACACCAGUGUGUCAGGUGUCGCCCACUGUGCCUUUGAGAAUGAUGUCGAUGCUCUGCUACAGCUGAGGGAGUUCUUUAAUUAUCUCCCCUUGAGUAAUGCUGACCAGGCUCCGAUUCGGGAAUGUAAUGACCCUUGGGACAAAGAUGUGCCUGGGCUCGACACAGUUAUCCCCCUUGAGACUACUACAGCUUAUGAUAUCAAAGAUGUGAUACUCGGAAUUGCAGAUGAUGCGCAGUUCUUUGAGAUAAUGCCGAAUUAUGCCAAGAAUAUUGUAGUUGGCUUUGCCAGGAUGAACGGACAGACUGUCGGGAUGGUUGGCAAUCAGCCGAAAGUAGCUGCAGGAUGUUUGGACAUCAAUGCGUCUGUGAAGGGAGCCAGAUUUGUCCGGUUUUGUGAUUCCUUCAACAUCCCUGUCAUUACGUUUGUGGAUGUUCCAGGUUUCCUGCCAGGGACGUCCCAGGAGUAUGGAGGAAUCAUUCGACAUGGUGCUAAGUUGCUGUAUGCUUAUGCCGAGGCUACGGUCCCAAAGAUAACUGUGAUCACAAGAAAGGCCUACGGUGGAGCGUAUGAUGUGAUGAGUUCUAAACACUUACGUGGGGACACAAAUUAUGCCUGGCCAACUGCCGAGGUCGCUGUCAUGGGCGCCAAGGGAGCAGUGUCCAUCAUAUUCCGAGGAAAAGACCAAGAAAAAAAUGAAGCAGAAUAUGUAGAAAAAUUUGCUAACCCUUUCCCUGCUGCAGUUCGUGGUUUUGUGGAUGAUAUCAUUGAACCGAGAACAACCAGGAGAAGAAUUUGUCAAGAUUUACAAGUAUUAGCCAAUAAGAAAUUAUCAAAUCCCUGGAAAAAACAUGCCAACAUGCCACUAUAGUCGAUGUAUAAUAUUCCUGUGUAUCGUUAUCAUGCCAGGGACUUCAACAAACUACAUCUGAGAUUUCCUACACAGUGGUUAAUUUACGACAUAAUCAUCCUGCCACUGUUGCUUUCUUAUAGUUCUGACGCCAGGCAGCAAUCUACCUUCACUAUUACAGAAUAAAGUAAGAAGUGAGGAUGCAUAGAUACUAGAAGACUGAUGUAUUGAGAUUAAGUAAUACAGUGAUAUUAUACAUUCUUCAACCUGUGUGUGCUAGUGUUUGUGAGCGAAGUUUAAAUUGGUCCACUUAUAAUGUGGCUGUAGUAUUUUGAUAAUUCAUUCUCAAGGCUCAAAGUGGAUAUUUUUACCAGGUGGCCUAUUUGGCUGCCAAGUCAUAAAAUCUAGGCGCGAAUUGGAAAAGUUAGUCGCCCGGCCAAGUUGUCUUAAACUUAACAAAAAAUUCUUUUAAUCCUUUAGUCAGUAUAACAUAACAUCUCUCUGUAACUUUUUCCAUUGUGAACAUCAAUUUAGAAUUGACUACAAUCUUUGAAGGAUUCGGAAAUUUACACAAGUUUUAAUGGCCGCCCAGGCGCCUUAUAGGUCAACAACUGGUCGCCAGUGGUAAAUUUAAGGCGCUAUUGAUAUAGCCACUAAAAUAGGCGCCACUUUGAGCCCUGCAUUCUGCAAAGUUUUAAAUACAGAAUAUCUGGGGAUCAUAGUUCAAACUAUCUACUGGAUGAUAGUCAACAUUAUCUUGUUUUACAAUCUACAAAUUACCUGUUGAAAUUUGCAUUAGAGUUUAAAAUGUACUUUUAGUAUAUUUGUUGAUUAAAUCACAAAUUGGCAGUUGUGCUGUUGUCUCAUAACACACUCACCAUUCACUCAGACUAAAGACUUAAACAAAUAUAUGUCAUCUGCCCGAUCAGGUGAGUUUUCUCUGGGUACUUUGGUUUCCUUCCACAGGAGUAUCCAGAGAAAAACCACCGGCCUACGGUCAGUACCUGGCAACUGCCCCACGUAGGUUUUGAACUCGAAACCCAGAGGGCUGGGGAUAAAGUGUCGGAACACCUUAACCACUCGGCCACCACGGAUGACCCUGGAUGGAAUGAAAAGCUCACAGCAGUUUACUUUAAAAUUGACAAUAAAAAGACAAUGAAAUGACAAUAAAAAAUAACCUGGUUUACCUUUGAAGCCAUUGUAGAGCAGCGAAAAACAUUAAUGGAUGAUAAAGAUAACACAUUACUAGAAUAAGUCUUUAUACUAUUCAUAUCAUGGAUAUUAUUUGGCACGUACAAGUUAUUGACUUUUCAUUGUAUGUACAUUUUUAGCAGCUAACGAGUUGAUAACGAGCUUGUGUUAAGAGCAUGGAAGAAUUUUGUUAUGAAUAUUAGUUACAUUUUUAUAUCUGGUAAAUGGAAUAAUUCACUCAUGUCCAUGUCAUAUUCGACUAUUUGUACGACUGUCACAUUCUCUAUUUAAUAUUACCUUUAACUUAAUAUACAGGAAAUUGGGAAUUAUUUGUUAGUUCGAAAACAAUUUAAGUUGCUACAAAUGUAUUUGACAUGGUAUUGAAAUUGAUAUACAUAAUGUAAUCAGAUAUCUCUGGUUUCCAUGGAAACGUUUUCCUCGGUGAUUUGAUUCUGGUUCUCUUUGACUAUUGAUCUUAUGUACAUGUUUGUGUGAUUUUUAUUAUGAAAACAUUAAAGUUUUAGUGGGAAAGCUUUUAAAAA